CUCUCUUUCUGUCUCUCUCUAACAUUUCUUCUUCCUUCACACUCCUCAGCAAGAUCCAGAAGCAAACCCUAGCGAAGAAGGAGCUGAGAAGUCGUUAGAGCCACGCGAACAAAUUCCUCCUCUUCUUCACAUCCCGCGAUCCAUUCUCUUUUUAUCUGAUAUCUUUGGUGAUGGCAUCUUCAGAGCAGCUAGCCCCAGCUCAAAAUCAUCCUGCAGCUGAUAUUGUUGGUAAUGCUUUUGUUGAGCAGUAUUACCAUAUGCUGCAUGAAAGCCCUGAACUUGUGCAUAAGUUUUACCAAGAUAUUAGUAAGCUUGGUCGCCCUGGAAAAAAUGGUAUAAUGGGUAUUACAACCACAAUGCAAGAUAUUAAUGAGAAAAUACUCUCGCUGGAUGAGUUCAUUGCAGAAAUCAUAUCUGUGGAUGCACAAGAAUCUUAUGGUGGGGGUGUUCUUGUCCUGGUCACUGGGUUUAUGAUUGGAAAAGACUGCAAGAGGCAAAAAUUUUCGCAAUGUUUCUUCCUUGCACCUCAAGAAAAAGGGUACUUUGUCUUGAAUGAUGUAUUCAGAUAUGUUAACGACAAUGAAAACCAGCACUCUAUCGAUGUUGUUGAAGCUCCUGCUACUCCUGAUAAUGCAGAUCCUUCUUUGCAGCAGAUUCAUGUUUCUGAGCAAAUAGUUCCACCGGCUGAGGAUGUCAAUGGAGAGGAGGUAUACAAUCCUGAAAAUGGGCAAGCUCCAACUGAAGAAGAAGAAGCUCCUGUACCUGAGGUGGUUGAUGAAAUUCCUGAUGAUUCACUAGUGGUCGCUGGUUCUACUUCUAUUAUUGAAGAAGUGCCUAAGAAGUCAUAUGCCUCUAUUGUCAUGAAGGAGAGUGCCGCAGCAUCUCCUGUGGCAACAGCUAUUUCUGUGAGAUCUGCCCCUAAAAGCCUGGAGCAACAUGCAACUGCUGCAUCUUCAGCACCCAGUGUGUCAGAAAUGAAUUGUUCUAACACAAUGGUUGCUGUACCAGGAAACAAUCAAGAAACUGAAGCUGAGGGUUAUUCUAUUUUUGUGAAAAGUCUGCCAUUAAAUGCUACACCUUCUCUUCUGGAGAGUGAAUUCAAGAAGUUUGGUCCUAUUAAGCGUGAUGGUAUCCAAGUUAGAAGCCAAAGGGGAUUUUGCUUUGGCUUUGUGGAGUUUGAAGUGGCUAGUGCGGUGCAAAGUGCACUUGAGGCUUCACCAAUUGUCAUCAGUGGGCGCAAAGCUUUUGUUGAGGAAAAGAGAUCAACUAAUCGAGGGAAUAACAGGCCACGGUUCUCAUCCGGUAGGGGUGCAGGAUACAGAAUUGAGGGUGGAAGAGGACGUGGAAACCAUGGAAAUGGCCGAAAUUAUGGAAGAGGAGCUGACUUCAUCCGGGCUGAAUCUGGGUACAGGAAUGGCAGUCGAGGAGGGUAUUCCAGCCGUGGAAACAAUGGUUAUCAGAGAGUUGAUCACACCGGAAACAAUGGUGGUGGCCGUGUGAAUCGCUCUGGUGGGCUGGCCAUUAAUUCAAUGGCAAAAGCUACAUCUGUUCCUGCGCCGGCAUGAGCAAUCAUCUCUAAUCAAGGCAAGGACUGAAGAUUAUUUCCUUUUUAAGUACAGUAGUUCCAGUAUUGGAAAGCAUUAAGGAAAAAAAAUUGAAUUCUUUUGUGGAUGAGCUACCAGUAAGUCAGGUAGGUCCCCCUCUCUUGAGAAUUGAUGAUUUUUGGGGUCUUUAAUUUUCCAAUUUGGGUUCAGUAUAGCGUACAACUUGCGUAGGAAGUUUUGUGCUUCCCCGGUUUUAUGAAUAUUUAGGGGGCAUUGUUGCAUUUCUGAAGAAAUAUUAAUGAAACUUUGGAGAUGAUUUAUGUAAAACUUGGCAGUUAGUUGAAUUUUGAGCUACAUUUCAUAGCCUUUUGUAUCCA